GGAGAUUUGACUUUUUAAUAACAUUAAAUAUUAUAAUUGGUCGUUGGAUCAAUUAAUACGAACAAUUGUAUAUAUUAGAUAUUAAUUUACAAUGUACACAAUGAUAAGUCGCAAAACAAGUCAGAGCUUCGUUGCAAGAAAUUUCCAAAUAUAGCUCAGUAAGUGAUGGCUGUCAAAUCACAGAUGUAAUUGUCUUCAUUAAAUAACUACAUAAUUUUGGACCAAAAGCUUUACCAAAAUUAUCAAUCAUGUUGUAUGUUUUCCAUGUUGAUGCUGGUUUAAUGACCACAUACGAUAUGAAUCUCACAUUACAAAGUGUGGCAAGUCUGAAAGCUGCUAUUGAAAGGAAAACAAAAAUACCAGCACACUCUCUUGUGCUGCUUGUUAGUGGUGGGGAAGUCUUGCAGUUAGAUCAUAUGGUAUCAUCAUAUAGUGCAGGGACAGAUACAAACCCUAUUUAUAUGUUUAGUAAGCCUUCAGUGAAAGAGAGUCACAUUAAGCAAUCCAUGGUUGGUGAUCUAAGUCCUAUAGUUGAGUUGGGCUCGGGUGAAUUCCGUAGUGACUCCAGUGCCUAUGACGGAAAAUCAGUUGGUGAAUUAAGGAAUGAGGUGGAAGUAUGUUGUUCACUUCAACCAAAUGUUAGCACAGUAUCACGAUGUGCGUCGUUAGCAAAAGAGUUUAGUGAAUUGGCUCAUGAAGGCUCCAGGAAUUGUGAACAAUUAGUACACGAACAGCAUUUGCAACAUCAGGGUUGGGCAGCAGUUGUAGCAAAUUUAGAAGAUAUUUUUAAUGAAUUCUGUGAACGUUCUCGCAGUUUUAAGGAGUCAUUUAAAAAACAUCGUAUUAAAAAAGAAGAAUAUCAUGAAAUGUUAAACACGCUGAAUGAAGUACUGGAAUCUCUGGGCAAGAUUCCAAUUCUCACACCGCUUCAAUUGCACGCCGAGGCGCAUCGUUUCUCGGCAUUCGACGUUUUCGAAGAAACAGACUUUGAGGCUCACCACUAUGGAAGUCAGCCACGAUCAGACACAAGUUCUGAAAAUAGAAUCGCCCAAGACUUUGGCGUUGGAGUGUUUAAGCUAUCUGAUGAAGAUGUUUUCGAACAAAAGAAUGCAUCUACAAGUAAUGUGGAAGCCAGCGUGCAGAUCGAGGAAUCAGAUGAAGCUGUCUUCAAGGCUCCCUCUAUUGAGAGCAAAGAGGAACCGACCUUACUGCAUUGGAUCCUCGCUCAGGGGAAUAAAGCGUCGCUCCAGGAUAUCUUGGACUAUUGUCAAAAAGCGCUGGCGCUGAUUGAUGCAGAGCCCCUAAAAGAAAGCGAAGCACAGCUGUGCCAUAUUCUUGAAUACGCCAAUUUGCAUGGUCUGAAACAAAUUAAGGGCAUCGAGGAUCGCUUAUAUGGCCUUGAUCAGCUUUUGAAUGACGUCAAGAAAUUGGAGAAGGACCAGAGAGAUCAAGCAGCUUCUAUUAUACAAUGUCGCGAUCGUCUCAGCUCUGCAUACGACCCAACAGUUCUGCAAACAUUAGUGCAGUCACAUUGCUGCCAACUUGAGAAGCUCCUAGUGGGACACGAGAAGAUUGUCGAUAUCAAACGGAGGAUAGCCAAGUCCAAGGAGGAAUUGUCACAAGUGCUUAAAGCGCGUUUAGAGGCUGUUCUCCGUAUCGAGAAUUCGAUGUCCGUGCAAGAUGCGCACGCGAUGCUCUCCUUUCAAUGCCUUAGCCGUUUGUCCCGUUACUUCGGGAUUGUUUGGCAAUUACAUCAAGCGCCCGCAGUGUUUGUUCGAGCCGUGCACGAAGUGUCGAGAAGGAGAUGUUUUUCUGAUGCGCAUAUGAAGUGGGCUACAGAUCUAGCUGAGAAACUCCUAAGAAUUCACGAAGAAGAAGUGAAUCGUCGCCAAGAGUUCAGCUCCAUAUUCGAGGGUCACUUCCUAAAGAGCCUGUUCCCUGGUAUCACGGAUAUGCCGCCGACUUUUGCCACUCAAGCGCCGCCACCCUUUGAUGGAAAGUUGCCGAAGUUGACCAGUGAAGAUGUGGAAUUCGUGACUCAGACCUUCCCAGCACUUGCCAAGGAUGUACCGAAGUACGAUAUGGAGGCAAUUGUGAAGUUUUUCCAACAGAGAUUGUCAGCAUCGGAACUUGAAGAAAAUACUAUUGACACACAGGUUGAUAUCGAAAAGGGUUCCGAUUCGGACACGUUCGAGAAACUUCAGAGCGGCUCAAAGAAGAUAGACAUAUCAACGACCUGCACUCCGGACACCGUGGCCGUGUCGACCGUAACCGAGGUAGUGACCACGAGUGACCGCGAUCGUGACCGUGACGAAUUUGUCAACUCUGAGUUUUACAUCGACGAGUCGCUGGCGGCCAGUUUGGAGUGGGGUUGCCACGGACAGGACAACAUGGACACACAUAAAAUUAACAUCGAAAAACUACAGGAUUUCCUAACAAAACUUUGUACUUUAUGUAAAGUAAACGUGGUUUUAAUAAAAGAAGAAUUGGCCAAACUCAAAUGUGAUAUGGAAGAACAAAAACGGUUUAUGGGAGAGAAGUAUUCGGAAAUAGUUGAAAAUUGGAGCAAAAGUAACGAAGGAAUGGAAAUACGGUUUAGAGAAGAGAAGCAAAGGUUAAUGGUGGAUCAUGAAUUAGAGCUAAGCGAUAUGAAGGCAACGCUCACAGAAAAAGACAGAAUAAUCGAGAGUUUAAAACGGGAAAAGGAAGAACUGACGAUUAAACAUCAGCAGAUAACAGAAAGACUAGAAGAAGAACAUAAAAGCACGAAGGAGAUGCUCGAACAGACGUGGGAAGAAGUUAAAGCGUUUGAAAAGAAACUCGAAGAGUCUGAUAUUCUAAAGGCAAAGGAAAUCAAGGAAAUGCAAGAGAAGAUGCAUCUCGAGUACAAAGCGGAGAUUGAGUCAAUGCGAUCAAGGUUCCGCCUUGUUGCCCUAACAAAUAACAUGGACCGUUCGCCGUCAGAGUCGAGCCUUGAGAAGAUAGAAAGAACAGAUGUGAUAGAGAUAGGCCAUCACAACGUGAUAGUAAUGCAGACGAAGGAGAAUGCAGAAGUUGAGAAGGAGCAAGCGGUAAGAGAAGCAGAGGAGAGAUGUAGAACGGAGUCCGAACAGAAGAUGAACGCGGAAAUUUCUCUGCUAAAAGCGAAGUAUGAGGCUGAAAAGCAGGUUACAAUAAACGACGUGACUCGUCGUCUCCUCUCAGAGAAGGAUCGUCAGUUGGAGCUCCUACGGGAAAGGGAGCAGACACUAACCCGGGAGUGCUCCAAGUAUCGAGACACUAUACAACAACUAACGGACCCUGAGACUAAUGAUUAUGAUAGCCUGCUUAAAACUCAGUUUGCAACACUCGAAAAUGAGAAAGCGUUGCUACAGCAACAAGUAGCUGAUCUCAAGAAAGAGCUAGAUAAGAGAACAGACGACAGCGAGAAGAGUAGAGAAGAUGACAGCGAAGGCAGGUCGUCACCGAAGAAGGAAGAAGGGAAGAGAAGUCGCACCAAGUGCCACACUCCUUUGGGACUUUCUGCGGGUGCCCUAAGUCUGUCUUCGUGUCUGCCCGGACAUACAGUGCUAUUGCUGUGGGAUCCUGCACAUCUUAAUUAUACCGUACUACAGGAAGCAUCGAUAAUGUACUUCGUGCACAGUGAUUGCUUGCCGGCUCUGGACCUCAGCAUUCACGUGAAGAGUGAGAGUGAGAGACGUCUCUACACUGUGGCCAAUGUUGAGUCCAAGGAGUAUUGUUAUGCUAAAAAGAGUGGUAAUAGGUAUCAUAUGCCCCGUGGAUCUCGCUUUUACCGUGUCCGAGUGAAGCCGGUUAAACCUCAUCCGCCACACCCACAAUGCUGCGAUCAUAGACACAAGCAAGAUGCACUGAAAGACAGCGUCCUGUCCGCACUCGACGCAAGGCCGCUCAAGAAGUGGCUCACCUUCAUGCAUGCACCAGGUCAUUCGCAGAAGUCAGUGGACACAAGCCAAUCGACCAGUUCAGCGACCGACGAGGCUAGUAAAGUGGAGGUAGCGACUGCUACACUGAUUAACCUGGAGUCGCCCGUGUCUUGUAGUGAUGCUGCGCUGGCGCCGCCACAAUCGGACUUAGAUCAGCUCGAUUCGAUAGAGUCCAGCGAACAAUGGCAGUCUACUAAGAUGCAAGCUUCCACCGCUAGUGCAUUAACGGAUAUGGAAUGCAGUGUAGGAAGAUGUGCCGGUGCGGAGCCAUUGGAAUUGACUGUGAGCUCAGUGGCCGUAGUGGCGCGUGGUUCCGUGCCACCUGAAUCAGAGCUGGCCGAAGAAGCGACCCCCUGACGUCCGCACACGCUACCCUUACGGCAUUCGCACACUAACUAACGUACACGUUUGUACGUAUACGUUUUGCGAAUGUAUACUGAGUAUGACGUUGUCUGUGCGUAUACCGUUUACUAAUCUUUCGUGUACGUACUGUAUUCAACGUAUACGUCCGUGCGAAUACGGCGUCGAAAUGUCUAAAGGUAAAAUUUCUGCCCAAAUGCGAAUAAAGCGUCUUGAGCGCUGUCAAAGUUAAGAAUUUGACUGAUACAGUGUUUAAGCAGCAGGACGACUGUGAGGACUAUUUACUGUUUUUGUUGGUAUAAUUUGAUCUUUAUGUAUUCAUGCAUAGGAAUUAUAAUUGACUGAAUUGUUACGUACAAACGAGACAAAACAAUCAACGCAUUAUUUAAAAGUAGUUGGUGUAUACGAAAAAAUAGAUGAAGGUUGGAAUUGGGUCUUCUGGAAUAGUUUUAUAACUAUGUUGUUCAUUCUUACUUAACAUUUGCAGCCCAAUUGCGGUGCAUAAUUCCCUUCCAUCUUAAUCUAUUCCGUGGUCUAACAACAGAAGGAUAAUGUAUUGAACAUUUUUGUAUUGUUAUCGAAGUUAUACAUUUAAUUAGGACGAACAAUUUUCAACUAUACUAACAAAUAUCUUUUAAUUUGAUGUUAACGUAUUGUUCGUACUAACUUAAACGUGAUUCACAUGUGUUAGAAAUAUGCCGAGUUGAGAUUCUCCAGUAUUUCGAUCUGCAUAUAUAUUUUUUAAAUCUCGUUUUACCGUCAAAAUUAACCCAUUGCAUACUACGGGUAUGUGUAUACAUAAAUAACACUGACAAUUGGCAAUAUUCCACCUAAUUCGUCUUCCAUUGAAAAAAAAUAUCAUUUCUAAAUUAUAAAAAAAUCACAAUUUUUGCUCGUUAUGAGCAUGUACUUAGAUGAUUUGAAUCUUAAAAAUAUUAUAUACUUACAUUUAAUAUCUAUUUAUCUUAAAAUCGUAGAAUCGAAUUGUUUUCGUGAUCUUUUUGAAUAGUACAAAUUAUUUUAGUUGCUAUUAUUUUAAUUUGAUGUUUAGUAAAAAAAAAACUAUUGUUAUUUUCACAUUUAAAUGGCACAAAAUUAAUUAUUUUUUGUUUGAUUUUAUUUUAUUUAGGUAAACGUAGCUAUGUAUCUUUAUAAAAAUCUAGAUAUCUUUCACGUUUAAGAUUUGUCCUACUUUAAGUCUACUGAAACCUAAGUCAUAGUUUAAGGACCUCGUGUCCAGUCUACACUCUUUAAGCGUUAGGUUUAUUAUCCACGAAGACUGCGUACAAUGUACGUAUACGUUCACGUCUGAAACUUUUAAUACUAAAAGCUGUUUAGUCUCAGCUCGUGUACGUAACAUCACGCAGCAGGGCCGUACAAUGACGUACACGUACGUCUACGUAUUCGUCGGAUCUUAAAUAAAACGCUUACGUGAUCUCGCUUCAACUUGGACUCUUUGAAACUAGUUCUAUUCUAGACGUAGUUUAAUGUAACGAAUACACAGAUCUAGGCUGGUGUGUACAUGCUAUAUUGGUCGUCGCAGCGACUAAGCUUCCGUUAUUUUGUGAUAUUUAGCAUGUAUGAACUAGCUGUCGAAGCACAGAUUUCUUGCGUCCGUAAUUUUUCUUAUGUAAAUUAUAGAUUAAUGCGCAAAGUGUUGGGAGAGGGCAUCGCUUCGUGUUGUUUGUUUGUGGCCUUAAAUUAUCGGCCCGUACAAGUUGGGGAUGUCUCUGAUCGCGUAUUCGGAUCUUUUGAGUUAGAGGCAUCGUUCAGCUUCGCCGAUGCUGUGAUAGUACGUGCUGUGCUCUCGCUCCGAUUUUAAAAUAGUACACGGAGAGCUCUUUAGUGUUACGGGGCCUAUUGCGAAUGUGUUAAUUCGGAUCGUUAUAUAAGGCAUCGCAAUGGUAUUUGCGAUUAUGCAAUUCAUAUUGACGUUGAUCGAUUUUGGCCCUAUUGCAAUAAUAAUGUAAGUGAAUCGUUUGAUAACGGUUCGGCAAUAGCCAGUUCUCUUUCGGUUGUAUCUUUAUAGUUACGUACGGUACGUAUACGUGAGUCAGAGAGAACUGGCCAGAACUCGUCGAUUUGUCUAUUGGUAGCUCUAAGGUUUUAUUCAUACAAUUUGCUAUAGUUAGCGUCUAUUGGCUCGUUUAAGUCUUUGAUGUUACGUGGAAUGGGAUGACACGAAUUCUAUUUAAUAUACGUUUAUCAAACAAUACUCAACCGUAACCGAUGUGUAAGUAUGUCUAUUUUUUAUUAUUUCAUUCGCCUCUAUGUUAGGAAUUCGUGUCGAGAUGUUCUGGUAUUGUUGUUGUAUAUACAGCAGUCUUGUUUGUUGAAAUAACACGAAAAUUUAUCAAUAUUUCCCGGGAAUCAUAUUUUAUUGUGUAUAAAAGUUUGAAUGCAAAGAAUUAAAAUGAUUUGUGCGGAAAUUUUAAUAAAUCUUUGUGUAUUGUUAAAUUGAUAAUGUUUAUAGUCAUUGUAAGGUACAUAUAUUUUGCGAUUACGAAUGCAUAAUAAAUUUUAUCGUGUAAUCGCUUAUGGACUAGUUUGUAGUGACCAAUUUUAUCUUUAGUGAAUAAAAGAAAUGUAAAAUUGAUAAUUUUAAUGUAAUUUUUAUAUACAAUAAAUAGACA